UUUUUUUGAGUCAGAUAACUAGCUUUGUCUUGCAAGUCUACAAAUAUUAGUUAAAUUAAACGAUUAGACUUUAUAUUAACUUCUAAUUUCAUACUCAUUAGGUUUAAAGCCCAUGUAAUAAGCAAAAAAGUGUGUAAAAUGUCGAUAGUCAAUUCUUUUUUUGGAUCUGAAAAUCAGACGUUUUGCUCACAAAUACCAAAUAGCAAUAAGACGGUAAUAUUAACCAGCAUCUAUGAGGGAAUUCCACAAACUCUUAUACUUAACGUUAUUGUAUGGAUCAUCCUCAUACUUUUAUUUACAUUGUUAAGACAGCAAGCAUGGGAUUUUCAUAGAUUAGGCUUAGUGAAUAGUCUGUCGGGAAAGAGAUGGACUCAAAUCUUUUAUGCUCAUGGCAACAAUUCAGAAAUACUAAAUAGUUUAAAUAGUAAUGAAAUGAACUCGAAUCAUGAUUCAAAUUUUGAUAUGGAGACUAAUGAGCAAGCAACGAUAAGAAUAUCAAGACAGCCAUCAGUCAAAGACACUGGAUUUUUUUCGUGGAUUGUUGCAACAUGGAAGCUUCGAAAGGAUCAAAUCCUAAAGCAUUCCGGACCAGAUGCUGUACAUUAUCUGUCAUUUCAACAGCACUUGAUUGUCGUUAUGGGAAUCAUUUCAUUUGUUUCAAUUGUCAUAAUAUUACCUAUUAAUUUUCAAGGUAAUUUAUCAGGAGAUGUCAAUUCCUUCUCACACACAACAAUUGCUAAUCUCGAUCCAAACUCUAAACUUUUAUGGGUUCAUACGAUUUUUGCAAUACUUUUCGUACCACUUGUUGUAUUGGUUAUGAGACGAUCAAGUGGGAGAAAUGCUUUCAAAGUCGCACCAACACGAACAAUUAUGGCUGUUGGAAUUUCAAAACCAGACUGCAACAGACAAAUCAUACAAAACUAUUUGCAACAACUUUUUCCGGACAUUGAAAUUCGUGACAUACAGCUUGCGUAUAACGUAAAGAAAUUGACAGAAGUAGCUCAAGAAUAUGAGAAAGUGAUUGAGGCAAGGAUUUAUUGUGAGCAGCAUCGAGGAUCAAUAAAAGUGAAACCUAAUUGCAUGACAUGUAAUACAGUUGAAGCACUUGAGUUUUAUAAAGGAGAAGAGCAGAGAUUGUGUGGGGAAGUUGCAAGACUUCGUGCUAUUGCCUUAAAUGAUGCUUUAGGAAUCGCUUUUAUAUCGGUAUCAUCAACGGGAGCUGCAAAGCAAGUUAUUAUUCAUUUUAAACCGACGGCUGUUAAAGAUUGGAAAUUAAGCUACUCGCCAUUGCCAAGUGAUAUAUUUUGGGAGAAUUUGACACCGAAUACUGCAAAAUGGUAUUUGAGAUGGUUCCUAGUAAAUGCAUUUCUAUUCAUUUUCCUGUUUCUGUUCACAACGCCAGCUUAUCUUGUUGGAAUAUUAAGAUCAAUGGCAUCAAAAAAUGAAAUAAUUGAUAAUCUUACCUCACAGUCACCUUUAGUAACUGAAUUUUUGCCUACAUUAUUACUUUGGAGUUUCACAGCAAUAAUGCCUUUAAUUGUAUCGUUUAGCGAAACAUGGCUCAACCAUUUUACACGUUCUGAUUACAAUUAUGUGGUGAUGACAAAAACUUUUGGAUAUUUAUUAUUCAUGAUUCUAAUUCUGCCUAGUUUGGGUCUUGCAUCGGCAUCAGCUUUUCUCGAAUGGAGCUUUACAGGAGCUAAUAAGAAUGAGACUUAUCGAUUUGAAUGUGUCUUUUUGCCUGAUCGAGGAGCUUUCUUUGUUAAUUAUAUAAUCACAAUGACAUUUAUUGGAACGGCUCUAGAAUUAAUGAGAUUUCCCGAUUUAAUUGUCUACAUUUAUCGAUUGAUGACAUCAAGGAGUGAAGCUGAAACACCAUUCAUUAGGAAAUCAAUUAUCAUAGAGUUCCCCUUCGGUAUACAUUACUCUUGGCAACUAUUAGUCUUUACAAUGGCUGUAUUUUAUUCAGUUGCAUGUCCUCUAAUAACACCGUUUGCCCUUUUGUAUCUUAUAAUGAAAAACUUUAAUGACAAGCAUAAUCUUUAUUUUGCGUACGGACCAUCCCACAUGAUAAGCCAAGGUGGUGGAAAGAUUCAUUCGACUGCUGUGACAAUGACAAAAUUCUCUGUCGUCUUUCUGUUAAUAGUAUUAACUGGAAUAUCCUAUUUUCGUGACGGUAAUCAAUGGACUUUAAGGACCAUGUUUACGGGAAUGUCUCUAUUGAUUUCAUUGACACUUUUUGGAUUCAUGAGUCCAAUUAAGAAAUGCACGACAAAGCCAUUGCCGAUUAUUGAGGAUUACACUUUGCCUCAGCCUGUGUAUAUUGCUGACGUUUUUCUAAACAAUCGAGUUAUGGGAAACUCACCAAGUCAUUUGAGUUAUGGAUCGUCGGACGUUACCGAGUCAGUUACAACUUCAUCACCCCAAAGAGUUUAAAUAGUGAUUCUGUUCUUCAUAAGCUAUUGAUAUUUUUUUUUAGAUAAAUCAUUGUGAUUUUGUAUUCCGCAUCUUAUCAUUCUGUAAAUUGAUAUUUUCAUGUAUUAUUAAAGAAUUUGUUUAUUGUUAUUAUGAUUAUUAAAAUAUUAUUUUUAUUCCAUUGUUCUAAUCAUAUUUUUUUUACAAUUAAACACAAAUAAUAUAUUUUCAUCCCUAAUUUGUAAUUUUAAAGUUCUUAAAAAUUGUAUUGAAUUUGUUUUAAAAAAUAAAA